AUGUCCCACAACAUCCCACCCUCCUUUUACCCUGCCCCCACCCUCCUUCCACCCUACCCCACACUGACCUACCCACUCUUCUUCCACCCUUCUUCCCUACCCACCCUCCUUCCACCCUGCCCCCACCCUGACCUAUCUACCCUCCUUCCACCCUGUCCCACACUGACCUAUCCACCCUCCCACCCUCCCCUUCCCUAUCACACUGACCUAUCCACCCCUCCACCCACCUCUGACCAACCACCCCUUUCCUCCACCCCUGCCUGUACACUGACCUACCCAACCUCCUUCCACCUUGCAAGGCCUCCACACCUCGACCUACCCACCCUCCUUCCACCCUGCCCCACACUGACCUAUCCACCCUCCUUCCACCCUGCCCCACACUGACCUGCCCACCCUCCUUCCCACCCUGCCCCACCCUGCCCCACCCUCCUUCCUUCCACCCUGCCCCACCCUGCCCACACCCUGACCUACCCACCCUCCUUCCACCCUCCACCCUCCUUCCACCCUGCCCCCACACUGACCUACCCACCCUCCUUUCCCCCCUGCCCCACCCUGACCUACCCACCUCCUUCCACCCUGCCUCACACUGACCUACCCUACCACCCACUUCGUUCCUUCCAUCCUUCAACCUUGUCUCACCCUGACCCACCUUUCUUCAACCUUACUCCGCCUUCCUUUCUGCUCACUCAUCCCUGCUCCACCCUUCUUCCACUUUGCCCCACCUGUCCCUACAUCCUUCAACCUUGUCUCGCCCUAUCCCACUCUCCUUCCUCCAUGCCCCAUGCUGUGCCACCCUUAUGUACCUUGUGCCACCCCUAUUCAUCUUGCCCCACCCUAUAG